UCACAAGUACAGUCGAUAACACCUGAAGUUGUACCGAUACUUAUUCUUGAUGAUUAUAAGCUGUAUCUCUAUUUAAUAAAGUUUUAAAUUGAUUGCAAAAUUCUGAUAUAUUAUUUAUACUUAUGUAGAUCAUUGACCAUUAGAAAGUUGCUCUUUCUUUUCUAAUAAAAAUAAUAGUCUGAGUUUACAAAAAUGGCAUUGAUUUAUUUUGUUUUAGAAGAUCGAUUAUUUUAUAAAAAAAGAAAAGUUGUUUGCGUGUGACUAGGAUAGCGUUGUUUCAAAUAUCAAACAAAGAAAAUUUAAAGAAUACCUGAAAUGAAAUCUGUUGUUGUGAAUGUAUUAUUUAAAUAAAUGCGUGUAGGACUAGCUUGUCUCACACUAAACCGGUCUGAGGUUUAAUUUAUACUUUAAUUUGUAAACAGAUUCCUGAAGUUUUACUGUAUAUGAAAUUGUCUCCGGCUAUAUGUAUAUGUGCUAUUUAUCUACAAAACACUUUUGUUAAAAGUCAUAAAAAGUUUAAAUGAAAUAAAGUGAAAAUGGAAGAGAAAGAUGAAAUUCAUUUGAAAUUAUUAUGUAUGGCAUGUUUAUGCGUUGGACGUACGCAGCACAAUAUUACUGAUGAGAAACUAAAACGUUUCUAUUUGGACAGUUUGAACGAAAUACCUCUCUGCAGCAUUCCGAUUGCCAAUGUGCACGUUUGCUGGGAGUGCAAAGCUAUCAUUAAAAAGGUUGUAGCGUUUAAAGAACAGGUUCAAGAUUCUUACAGAAUUCUCCAAACGUAUACAACUGAGAAUCUUCCUGAAUAUUUAUUAACUGAUGUGGUGCGUUCUCCUCGUCUCGUUCUGGGUACAGUGUCGACGUUAUCAAUAUUGCCAUCUCAAGAGAAUGUUGCAGGAUCAACGUCAUCAGACGAACUCAAAGAUGAGGUCAAAGCUGAACCGGAUGAAAAAGGUUCUGAAAGUUCUUCAAAUGAGAAUUCUGAUUAUGGUUUACCAUCUAAUGGAGAUGUGGAUGCUCUCGAUGUUGAGAUAGAAUCGUUAGUCAAUAAAGCCAAGGAAAAGAAAAUCAAAUCGAGGAAUAAAAAAAGAAAAAUGACGAGGGUUAAACGGACAAGAAACGGAUUGAAGAAUCUGGAUCGCUGUCCUCUAUCCGUGAGUCUCCUCGAUCGUCCUAGUUCGCUGGCAAUAAUUGAAGACUCAAAACCACUCCAGGAUAAUAUGAAACAUGAACUCGAAAUUACACAGCCAUCUGUAGAUCUUAACAAAACUUCAGAGAAUAAUUCUUUUGAAAAUGUAACAGCUGAUCCGUUUGAUGUUGAAAUUGAGAGUCUAGUGUCCGAAGCUAAGGACAGGAAGAAAAAAAAGUUGGAUUGUAAAAUUAAAAAAGCAAAGAAAAUUGUGAAGAGGCUUGAACACGGUUUGAAGAGUUCUAAACCUAAGAAAAUCGACAACCAGAAGAUAAUAGUUGUAGAGUUGUCUUAUGAAGAGAUGCUGUUAGAGAGAGACAAAGAAUCUACUAGAGAGAGCUACAUCAAAGCAGCGUAUAAAUGUGACACGUGUUUGGUUGGAUUCAACUAUAAGAAUUCAUAUAAAGCGCACAUAUCUGCGAAGCAUUCGCCGGAUAGUGGUGAUUACAUUUGCCCCAUAUGUAAGACUAUCAUAACAUCUGUGGAUUCAUUUACCGCUCAUUAUAAAAGGCAUUUAAGGAGAUACGAGUGCAGUAUUUGUCAGAAGCGAACUAUGGACAUGAAAGUAAUGAAACAACAUUACUAUUCCACCCAUGAGAUAUCGCUGAAGGAGUACAGUUGUGAAAUAUGCGGAAAAGUAUCAAAUUCCAUAGACACGCAUAGAUACCAUAAAGAUACACAUAAAGCUAGAGUGCAGUGCACAGAGUGUGAUAAGACUUUCACUCAUAGAGCUGGUCUUAUGAAUCAUCGAUUGUCGGUGCACGAAUUAAAUAAUAAGUUUCCUUGCACCAUAUGCGAUAAGGUAUUCCGAUGGAAGACGAGCCUGAAACGGCAUAUAGAAAAACAUGAUGUCAAGGAUAAGUCUUCGACAGCGGCAUAUUGUGCCACAUGUGGCGUUACAUUCUCGUCUGUCUGUUCAUAUCAGCGACAUAUGAGGAAUAGUCUUAGGCAUGUUACCCCGGAACAGUUAAGUUUUAUGUGGGUAGUUUUAAAGUUUUUACGACUGCACGUUGUACUCAGAUACGUGUGUGAUCACUGCAAGCGUCGGUUCGCUGAUAAAACUAAACUAAGAGACCACAUAGAAGAGAAACAUUUACACAAGACUUAUCAAUGUCACAUAUGCUUGAAGCCUUCCAAGAACCGUGUAGGCCUAGAUCAACACAUAAGGAAUAUACACAAAGGCAGGCCCAACAACAAGAUGUGUCACCAUUGCGGAAAAGGAUUCCCGACUAGAUUGCAAUUAGAGUCACAUAUUCGAACGCACACGGGCGAGCGGCCGUUUAUAUGCGAAUUCUGUCCCACGACAUUUUCGCAGCAAUCGAAUUUGUAUAAACACAAUCGGCAGGUUCACUCGAAUAUCAAAACCAAACGUUAUACGUCAUGUAAGAAGAGGAAAGAAGAUAAACCUGUCGAUGUACCAUCUGAUCGUCCAUUUGACCCAUACAGACCUAUAGCUGUCCUACAAUACUCACCAGAUAGGGGAUAUGUUAUUUAA